AUGGCGAGACGCAAGAAGAACAAUCCAAAGCCUGCUGCAAGAGCUAAGGUGACUGAAUCUCCAUUGCUCCAUGUGACGUUUGAGGGUCAGAGGUCUGAGGUCGAUGAAGCUAUUCCAGAGGAGAUGGAAGAAGUGUUUACAGAUUCGAUGGUGGAUUUUCCAAAAAUUGGAAUUCAAGGACCAACUGAAUUUGAUGGAGCAACGUCUGGAGGUAGGAAGAUAGGCGAGUUAGAGGAGGAGCUGGCUGCGGAUGUAGGUGAUUUUCAGAGCCAGGCGAUGGAUAAAUGGUCUCAGUUCCGAGCCAUGCUUCCAAAUCAAGGAGGGGCAAAACUCAGCUUUGAGGAACCAAUUGUUCGAGAAGGCCAACGAAUAGCUCAAGUCGACUUGGAGGAGAUCCAAGUUGAAAUCUCGUUCUGGAAUUCAGCGGUGGUAUGUCAUGUUCUUGGGGCUAACCCUCCAUUUGCUGUAUUUGAAGGAUUUAUUAAGAGGAUAUGGGGUAAACAUGGCAUUGAGAGAAUUUCUAGGCUGAAUAAUGGUUUUACACUUGUGAAAUUUCGUGAUGAAGUCACUAGAGAUCUGGUUUUGGAAGCUGGGGUGCUACAUUUUGAUAGAAAACCAGUGAUAGUGAAGCCUUGGUCUGCUGACUUAGACACACUUAAGGCAGUGAAAUCUGUUCCUGUUUGGGUUAGAUUACCAGGACUUGGGCUGCAAUAUUGGGGCACUAAGUGUUUGAGUGCUCUUAUGAGCACGAUUGGGGUACCGAUUUUGGUAGAUAAAGUUACUAAGGACAGGUCUAUGAUGCAAUUUUCUAGAGUUUUAGUGGAGAUAGAACUCUCGGAGGAUCUCCCUAAAUCUGUUCAGUUUCUCAAUGAGAAAGGGCAACUAAUGGAACAACUUCUGGAAUUUGAGUGGCUUCCUACUCAAUGUAGAGGGUGUAAAGUGUAUGGCCAUACUGAAAGAAUGUGUAAUAAGAAGCAAACUGAGAUUUGGAGGCAGAAAAGCUGGAGUGGAGAGGAAGAGGCUAGACAAGGUCUAGUGGAUCAGACGCUAUUAUCAGAGGAUAAAGAUGCUUUGAAUGGGAGUAUAGAUGCUGGUUCUCAAAAAUUGGUUACUAAGGAGUUGGCUAAGCCCCGGGAGAUGUCAAAGCAUCUAGAGCCUGUAUCAUCUGUAGUAAAUCAUGAUGUUACACCAGAUAAGAAUUCCAGUGACAGAGGUACUUCGGAUUGGGUUACCCCAAAACGGGUUGGAGGAAAUAAGAAGGCUACUCAUAGAGCAAAGAACACUUUGACGAAUUCCUAUAGUGCUUUGCAAGAUAAGGUAUUGGAGGUUACAAACUUGGGACUAACAACAACAAGUGCCUUGUUGGAGACUAAACUUCGUGGUGAUAAAAUUGAGAAAAUGAUGCAAUCCUUUUUCACUGGCUGGAACUAUUUCACUAGUGCAGCUUCAGAAGGUCGAUUGCUUCUUAUUUGGCAGCAAAAUUUGGUGUCUGUUGAAGUUCUAAAGGAGAUUGAUCAGUUACUUCAUGUCUGUGUUAAAGGUCUAAGGACUAAUAAGUUGUUUUGUGUUACAUUUGUGUAUGGUAGAAAUUCGAUUGAGGAAAGAGUGCCUCUUUGGAGUGAUCUGUCCGGUCUUUGUUUCCCAGCCACACCUUGGCUGUUGGCUGGGGACUUUAAUGCAGUCUUUGAGGGUACAGACAGAAUUAGUGGGCGUGCUAUUUCUUCCCUUGAGUUAACUGAUGCUCAAAAUUGGAGGGCCUUGGGUUUAGUUGAUGAGUUUCGAGCUAGAGGGUCUCAUUUUACUUGGACUAAUAAACAGGCCAAUGAAGAUAGAAUUUACUCGAAAUUGGACAGAGUUUUUAAAAAUGAAGAUUGGUUGGACCUUUAUCCUCAAGCUGAGGCUGUUUUCAACUGGGAAUUGCUAUCUAACCACUAUUUAUGCAUUAUCAAACCAGAAGCUUCUGUGAACUAUGGUAUUAAGCUGUUUAGGUUCUUCAAUAUGUGGACCGAACCUAAAAUUUUUUUUCUUACUGUCUUGCAAAGCUGGUGCAAGCCUAUCAAAGGGUUUGGGCUGGAUCGAGUUUGUAGAAAGUUGAGCAGACUUCAGAUAGUUCUUCGCAAAUUCAAUAAGCAUGUUAUGGGAGAUGUUGCUCAGAAUUAUGUUUUGGCUAAGGAGAAGUUUCAGGCUGCCCAAUCGUCGCUUCAGAGUAAUCCUCACUCGGUAGAACUUCAAAGAGUAGAAACUGCAGCAGGUGAUAAUUUUGAGUAUCAUGCUAGAACUUAUGAGAGCUUCCUAAGACAGAAAAGCAAAGUGGACUGGCUUCGUUUUGGUGAUGACAACACGAUAAUUGAAAAUUUUGAUGAUGUUGUAGAUCACUUUGUGACUCAUUUCCAGAAAAUUAUGGGAAGCAAAAGCAAUGCCUCGAGGCCCAUUCAGAGGUCCUGUUUUAAUCUUGGCCAUAAACUGACUUUGGACCAGCAGAUCAGUUUAGUGAGGCCUUUCACUACUAAGGAAGUUAAAGACGCUUUGUUUAGCAUUAACUUUAUUAAAAGUCCGGGGUCGGAUGGGUACGGCUCAGGUUUUUUCAAAGUAUUGUGGAGUGAUUUAGAAGCUGAAAUCUCAGAAGCCAUAAUUGAGUUCUUUGAGAGCGGUAAUCUGCCAGAGGAAGUAAAUAAGGCUACUAUUUCCUUGAUUCCCAAGAUUGAUACUCCUACUCGGGCAGCGGAUUAUAGGCCUAUUGCGUGUUGCAAUUCUAUCUACAAGUGCAUAUCUAAAAUGCUUUGUGGUAGAUUGGCGAUGGUGCUUCCUAGUCUUGUUCAUCAAAAUCAAGGAGCUUUUGUUAAAAAUAGAUUAUUGGCGCAUAAUAUUCUUAUUCUUCAGGAUAUUAUUAAAGGGUAUAAGAGGAAAAACAUUUCCCCUAGAUGUGUGAUGAAAAUUGACCUGAGCAAAGCCUAUGAUAUGCUUGAUUAG